AUGGUGAGCGGCUACUGCCAGCCUUCCGCGGCCAUGAUUGCCAGAGCUUCGGCUUCUUCCGCCUCGGUCGCCUCUGCCGCAUCAGCCUCUUCUGCUACAAUUGCUUCUGCUGCAUCUGCUUCCUCUGCUACAAUUGCUUCUGCUGCAUCUGGACGCUGUGCUUCGAGCUGUUCCUCGGGACUUUUCAGGCAGAAUUCAACUUGGACGUGUGUGGCGGAAUGUGAUGGGAGCCUCUUUGCAGAUUCUUCAAGCGGAUCAUGCGUUGUGUCAUGUCUGUCGCCGACGUACGCAAAUUCUCUUGCUACUCCGCCAUCGUGCUCGGCGAGCUGCACUGGUGGACGUUUCAAAGAUGAUAGCACUCGACAAUGUGUUGCGAAUUGCCCAGCCAACUCUUGGGCCGAUCCCUCAACUAGCAGCUGUGCAGCAACCUGCUCCGCCGGGUUUGCGCACAAUGCCACCUGGUCUUGCGUCAACACUUGCACUGUCGGCUAUGCCGACAACUCGACUCGGUCAUGCGUGACUCGUUGCCCAAGCGGCACUUUUGCUUUGAAGCCAUCUCAUUCUUGCGUUGCUGCGUGCCCAUCUGGCUACAAAGCCUCCAACUCCACCAGCUCAUGCGAUGAUGGCUCUUCUGGCGCUCAAGGCAAUGGUGGCAGUAGCCCUGUUGCCGCAGCAGCUGGCGCCGCAGCAGCAGGAGUCGUUGUUCUGAUUGCGAUCGUGGUCGCGGUUGUACUUUUGCGUCGAAGGAAGCAAACCCACGGCAACCACAAGAUGGAAAGCACUUCCGCUACUAUCGAAAUGACCAACCCGAACUUUGCUUCGAGCCACGAUCCAGUCUACGAUGUUGCUGGUCAAACCAAGCAAAAGAGCGCUUACCCUGCCUCGGCUGACUACGCACUGCCGCUCAAACCAAACCCCAGCGAUCCCGAGUAUGCCGCGGUCGGAGGAUUGCCGUAUUCCACGCCGUCAACUGAAUACAGCCUUGCAGUGGUCUCAACAUCUGCAAUGCUGUCAUCGCAGAUAGCCACUGGCGAGCGCAAGCUGCUCGGACGAGGCGCCUUUGGAGAAGUGUUUUCCGCGAACGUGUCCAUUGCCCUCAUUGCUCCCCAGCAUCGCCACCUGUUUGCCCCAGGCGCGCAGACGGUCGAUGUCGCAGUCAAGACUCUGCAAUUGGAUGCCAACGUUCGAGCGGAGCAAGACUUUGUGCACGAGGCCGAGCUCUUGCGCAGGCUGAAUCACACCAACAUUGUCAAUGUCCUCGCGGUGCUCCCAGCCGGACGAGGUCAGCCGCAAAUGCUCGUUCUGGAGUAUGUGCCGUAUGGUGAUCUCCGCAACCUACUUCGGAAAUCGGCAAAGAGCGGUGUCGUCUGGUCGCCAGACGAGUAUGUGCAUGUGGCCACCGGUGUUGCCGAAGGCAUGGCGUACUUGGAGCAAUCGCGUGUGCUUCAUCGUGAUUUGGCAGCACGGAAUAUCCUUGUUGGCGAGCAUCUGGUCGCCAAGAUUGCCGACUUUGGCUUAUCCAGGGAGCUGAACGACAAGGACUAUUACAAGUUGCAGUCGAAGCAGAAGCUGCCGAUUCGCUGGAUGGCGCCCGAAACACUCAACUAUCGCAAGUUCUCGAGCCAAUCGGAUGUAUUUUCGUAUGGCGUUGUGCUUUGGGAGCUCUUUACAAUGGGCCAAGCACCCUGGGCGAAUGUCGAACGCGAGCAGUACCUUGUGGGUCUGGAGCGCGGCGAUCGUUUGCCGCAACCUCGGGACUGUCCUGCGCAUCUCUACUCGCUGAUGUUGACGACCUGGGAAUGGGAACCCUGCACGCCCUUCGUUUGCCGACUGCGUGCUUUUGCUUCAGCAGAGCCGUUCGCCACGCGGCACAGGUCGCGAUUUGGGGGCUUUGGUGCAUUGAUUUGA